AUGAUCACACGGAGCCACAAGCCCAAGCAGGGCCAAAGCCCCGGGUCGGCUCACUCCGCCAAGAAGAAAGACAACGGCAGCCCGAACAAGCCCGUUACCUUCCACCCGCUCCACGCCUCCGACAACGUGAAGCCCGCCGAGGCUGCGCCGGAAUGCCUCAAGGACGGCGAGAAGGUCUACGCCGGAGCCAAGUUCAGCGAGCCGCCGUCACCGAGUGUCUUACCUAAACCUCCGAGCCACUGGGUCGGAGAAAAGGAGCCUCAACAGAGCAACCAAAGCCGAGAGCAAAUGACUGUUCAUCUGAAGUCACUGCUGAAGGUUCAAGAUAAGUCAUGA